CAAAAUUGAGGGUAAAUAUAGGUUUUAUUAGGAGUAGAAAAUUAUGUCUGGUUUUUUCAGCUUAGGAGGAGGGCCAGGAAACAAAGACCCGCAGGUUCAAGAGCAAGGCGAAGACCAAAACCUAGGAGCUACAAACAACAACAAUAGUAGCUUGUAUUUGUUCAAGAAUGAGGAGAUCUACAACAAGGGUUUCGAGCUAUGGCAACAAUACUACCAUAUGCAUCAACAACGUGCGCAUCACGUGCACCACCACCACCCUCAUCUAGUCGAUUUCUCCGUAGGCGUCGGCGCCGCCGCCCCGCCUAACAACCCCGCCGCCGCAGGCGGCGGCGGGAGCAGUAGUAGCAGCGGAAAUCUCGUCGGUGAUGAUCAAAACCAAUCCGCCGGCGCCGGAUAUUCCUUCAGAUCAUCUUCUUCAGGAUUUAGAGUUAUGCGGCCGAGCAGCGGCGGGGCUAGCGGCGGGGUUAACUGCCAGGACUGUGGAAACCAAGCCAAGAAAGAUUGCACACACAUGAGGUGCAGAACUUGCUGUAAGAGCAGAGGCUUUCAGUGCCAGACGCACGUGAAGAGCACGUGGGUUCCCGCCGCCAAACGCCGCGAGCGUCAGCAACACCUCGCCUCCCUCCAGCAACAAAAUCUCAGCCUCGGCGCCGCCGCCGCCGACAACGCGAAACGACAACGAGAGAGCCCUUCUUCCCUCGUUUGUACUCGUCUACCCACCACCUCGUCAGGGUUAGAAGUGGGGACGCAUUAUCCAGCCGAGGUGAAUUCUCCGGCGGUGUUUCGCUGCGUAAAAGUGAGCGCAAUGGAUGACGAGGUGGACCAGUAUGCCUACCAGACGGCGGUCAGUAUUGGGGGCCACGUUUUCAAGGGAAUUCUGUACGAUCAAGGCCCGGAGAACCGCUACAACUCCUCCUCCGUUCCCGGCGAGAGCUCCUCCGCCGCCGCCCAGCACCACCAACCGCUCAAUCUAAUCUCCGGCGCCACCGCUAGCCACCACCAACACCAACAACCGGCCAUCACAAUGCUCGACCCAUCACUAUACCCCACUCCGCUCACUGCAAUCAUGGCUGGUACGCAAUUCUUUCCACCACCCAGACCUUAGCUCAAACCUAUUUGGGUUUAAUUUCCACGGCGGUUCAAGUGUAGAUUAAUUAAUUUCCUUUGCCAUUUCAUUUCCACUUCUUUUUUUUUUUUUUUUUUUUUUUGUGGAAUAUUGGAACUAGAAAACGGAAACCAUUUGUAUGAAUGAAUCUAGAGACAAGUGAUGAUGGAUGGCUGGUUGGGAUGUAUGAAUGAAUAUUAAUUGUUCUUCUUUUGAUUGAAUCAUGUCUGUCAUGAAUGCAUGGUGCAGUUAGGUUCUGCAACAGCCGCCCAGAAUCAACUGAUACAUUAUAACUUAUUA